GAUGCCCCCGAGUAAGCAUCGUCAAAGUCUCCCCUCCCACCGCCGUCAUGUCUAAGUCAGAGUCUCCCAAAGAGCCUGAACAGCUGCGGAAGCUUUUCAUUGGAGGUUUGAGCUUUGAAACAACCGAUGAGAGUCUGAGGAGCCAUUUUGAGCAAUGGGGAACGCUUAUGGACUGUGUGGUAAUGAGAGAUCCAAAUACCAAGCGUUCCAGAGGCUUUGGGUUUGUCACCUAUGCCACUGUGGAAGAGGUGGAUGCAGCCAUGAAUGCAAGGCCACACAAGGUGGAUGGAAGAGUUGUAGAACCAAAGAGGACUGUCUCUAGAGAAGAUUUUCAAAGACCUGGUGCCCACUUAACUGUGAAAAAGAUUUUUGUCGGUGGCAUUAAAGAAGACACUGAAGAACAUCAUCUAAGAGAUUAUUUUGAACAGUAUGGGAAAAUUGAAGUGAUUGAAACCAUGACUGACCGAGGCAGUGGCAAAAAGAAAGGUUGUUUGUUUUGUAACAUUUGAUGACCAUGACUCUGU